GUUUAGAAAGAUCGUUUAUUUCCUGCCAUGGUAAACGUAAUACAUUUUUUAUUUUUCAGUACUACCCGGAAGCCUUUCAAUGAUGGUUUUAUUGCGUCAGUAACGCGCAGUGUAGCUGGUAGGGGUGAGAGACUAUGUUUUUUUUUUUUGUGAAAUGUGUGUGAAAGAUGGCGGCGCCCAGUAAACGACAGCAUGAUUUUGAGGAAGAUAAUGAAACAGAAGCAAAGAGGGCACCCUCGUGUCUUCGAGGGGGACGGCUGUCUGAGGGGAGACGGUUGGUCGUGGUGUUGGAAGGAGCGUCGCUGGAGACUGUCAAGGUGGGGAAGACAUUUGAACUGCUGAACUGUGAUAAACAUAAAUCUCUACUUGUUAAAAAUGGCAGAGACCCUGGGACCAUGAGGCCAGAUAUAACGCAUCAGAGUCUCCUGAUGCUGAUGGACAGUCCACUGAACAGAGCUGGGCUUCUUCAGGUGUACAUUCAUACACACAGGAAUGUUUUGAUAGAAAUCAACCCUCAGACUCGAAUACCCCGAACCUUUGACCGAUUCUGCGGACUUAUGGUGCAGUUGUUACACAAGCUAAGUGUCCGAGCAGCUGAUGGCCCCCAGAAGCUCCUGAAGGUGAUUAAGAAUCCUGUAUAUGAUCGCUUUCCCACUGGUUGUAUGAAGCUUGGAACAUCUUUCAGUGCAAAAGAAGUUGUUGAUGUCCGGAGUCUUGUACCAAAAUCGGAUCCAGUUGUCAUGGUCAUCGGAGCAUUUGCACAUGGCACAAUCAAUGUUGAUUACACCGAAAAGACCAUUUCCAUUAGUAACUAUCCGUUGUCUGCAGCCCUUACAUGUGCCAAAAUUUGCACUGCCUUGGAGGAGGUGUGGGGUAUUGUAUGAUAUUGCUGUUCGCUGCCUGUCCUGUAGCAGGCGCUACUUCUCUGGUCCUGAGAGUAAAGCCUAUCUUGUCAGGCAUCUCUGCUGCAACAAGAAACUGUACUGUAGGAUGAAUGAGUAAGAGGAAUUUGGACUACUGUUACACACGCCAAGACUAUGGAAUACAAUAUUUCUUCUGCAGCCAGCAGAAAAAAAAACACCACUGACCUAGCCACAUCUGAGGAACAAAAAAAUGUUGCCUUGCUAUAUUCUAGAAAAUUUUGAAUGUCUUAAAUGGAAGUUGUGUAUUCUUUUUAAUUAAAUAACACUUUUGUGAAAUUUUUUUCUUUUUGCAAAGCUGCUGUCCAUCUCUUUGAUUUAAACCAUUGAAAUUUACCCUUGAGAGGCCAGACAAUGUAGGAAGCUAAUUGCAGGAGAUCAGACUUCAUUUUUUAUGGGAAUGUGUGACAUUCUAGGUCACUGUUGUCAGUAUGCACAUGAGUUUAUUUUUUCAGACUGUACCACUUUUUAUUAUAGUGCAUUUUUGUGCAAACACUGUACAAUUUUGCUACGUUAGUUCUCCUGUACUAGAGUAAAUAUUUAUUUGAAGUCUAUUUCAAUCUUUGACACCGAGUAGCUGUUUUGUUGUGUAGUUGGCAGUUUUAACUCUUCAGCUGGACAUAAGUUGUACCCCCUUUUUCUAACUCUACUGUUGUGAGGCUCCUUUAUGCAUUUUGUUUUGUUUAAAUAUUCUCUCUACUCUUGCCUAUGAUACUUGUGCCUUGUACUGCUCUGUUAUGCUUUCACAAUGUGCAUGUUGAAAUGACUGUUCCCUUGUGUAUAUAAUGAAUCUGUAAAGCUUAUUAUACAUACUUAUGUACAUUGUUACAUUUAUCUAUCCGUGUAAAAUAUUACUUUUAGUAAAAGGGUACAUUAAGAAUUA